UCGAUGAAAACUACGACCUCCAGCAGCUACAAAAUAUUCAACUCCAACAACAACAACAGUUUUUACAUCGCCAACAGCAACAGCAGCAGCAACAGCAAUCUUUCAACCCCUCCAUGGUUUCUGCCACUCGACCAAGGUCCCAAACUUAUGCUGCGCCAAAUAACAACAACAACAACAACAACAACAGCAAUUUACCGGGGCGUUGCCACACAUGACAAGAGCUUCUUCAUUUUCUGUUCUGUCUUCCAACCAAAAUCGACCAAUAAAUUCUUACAUUAACCCAGUAUUACAAGAUAACGUUGCAGAAAAUUCAAUAUCUAUCACCUCAACUCAUACAAACCCAACUCUUGGUCCCACACAGACUUUGUUGAUUGUCCAUGUACCAAACGACUCAGCCGUUACAAAUUCAAACAAUUUUUACAACAUCUUGAAGCAAUUUGGUACAGUUUUGAGCGUUCGUAUUAUUGUGUGUAACGACUCAAAAGACCUGGUCGUGGUGGCUGAAUUUUCAGACAUUGAAACUUCAAUUGUUGCAAAGGCCAAACUCAACAACCAAGAGCUUUAUCCUGGUAUAAAAUGUCAAGUUUCUUUUGCUAAAAUUUUGGAGUUUAACCCAAUUACAAACUCAAUUGAUUUACUGAAUCUGCAAAUAAACUCUUUAAAUCAAACUUCAAAUUUGUUGGCUCCGAAUAUAUCAGCUUCCACUUCUCCGGGUCACAAUUCUACAAACAUUCCGAUCACUGGUAGUAACAACAACCAUCAUCAUUUUAACUCAAAAUCCUCUCAUAUAGAUGAUCCAUUUCCUUUCAAGUUGACUAACUUGAAAGAUAAAAUCUCGUCCUACAAUAAGAUUCUUAGCUAUUUAUUCGAAAAAAAUCCUGACUUGUUGACCCCGGCUGAGAACGAGAGGGCGAAUACAUUGCUGAGUAACUCACUUUCAUUUGAUGAGUUCAAAUCAGAUGGUUUAGGCCCUUUACCCCCUCCUUUGACCCACAAACAAUUCGAUAAUCCUUCACUGAGGGAGAUUAGGAAACAACUGGAUCAAAGUAACCUCUCUAGUUUACAAAUUGAAGAGUUGGCUCUUGCAAUGGAUCAAGAAUUACCCGAAUUAGCUUCUGAUUAUCUGGGUAACACUAUUGUACAAAGGUUUUUGGAUGUUGCCAGUCCCGCUGUCCGUGAAGAUAUUGUUCAAGCAUUGGUACCUUAUUUGGCUCAAAUGAGUGCCCAUAAAAAUGGUACAUGGGCUGCCCAAAAAUUGAUCAAUACUGUGGCAGGAGUGAAUGCCAACUCAAAAUAUCCUGGCUCUUUGAGAGAAAUGAAAUUGGUAAGUGAAGCUUUAAAACCUUACGCCCCUCAGUUGUUUAACGACACUUAUGCCAAUUACGUUAUUCAUGGAGUUUUGAAAUUCAAACCGCCGUACUCAAACUUCAUUUUUGAAUCAUUACUUGCUCUGUUUUUGGACAUUUCUUUCAACAGAUUUGGUGCAAGAGCAGCACGUACCUGCCUUGAAACAAUUGAGAGUGAACAAGGCAACUGUCAUGAUUCAGCUGAAGCAAAUGGUAUAAGUGUUGGCAAAGAAGUGGUAGUUUUGGUGGUUAAUGCCAUUUUAACAUGGUGCUGGGAAUUAAUGGCUGAUGUCAAUGGUUCUUUGUUAAUAACUUGGUUCCUAGAAACAUGUCAAGUUAUUGACAAUAAGCAUUUUUUGUUAGCCUGGAUCCUAACACAUGAAGACGAUUUCAAUCAAACCAGUGAAAAAUGUUCAUCAUCUCUGCCGGCAAGUGACAUUGAAGAAGAGAACAUACAUUCACAUAUCGGUAUAAACGAUGUUAGCGGAAGUAACGAUGGGAAUACUGACAACAUUAAUGAUGACAAAACCUUUGUAAGCUCUACUGAUGAUGGAAACAUUGCAACAAGUAGAACUGUAUGCUCUAUCAAUGGAUUAAGAUCACCAGGUAAACCAUUGGGUAAGGAGAAACAUUCUUCGGGUACCAAGUUCAUCAAGCUAUGCACACUAAAGUUAGGGACUUUGAGUGUAUUGAAGUUGCUCAAUCAUAGAACUAAUUUGAGUGCAAGAGAUUUGGUGUUAGCCAAAAUUUUUGGAGCUGAUGUUUUCUGCAGUAAUUCAGAGGAAAAAAAUCAAGCUACUUUUGAUGAAUCUGUCUUGAAAUCAAUUUUAAUUGAAGGCCAUAAUAAUAACAUAAGUGCAAACACUACUGGAAGCACGACCAGUAAUUCUUUGAACAAUAGUAAUGGUGUGAGUAUUUUCAAUGGUUCUUCUCAUGGUGCCAACUUCAUACAUAAGAUAUUGUCCGUUCCAACACUUGAACCUAGUUUAAAGAAAAGAAUGAUCCAUAAAAUUAAGUUAGUCUUAACGGAUAUUACCGCCGGAUAUGGUCCUGUCUCAAACAAUUCACUGAGAAGAUUGGCAGAUGAGUGUGGUAUUAGAGGCUUCAACUGUGUUAACAACCACCAUCAAAGGACUGCAAGCUCUAGUAAUGGAGCAAACGGCGGUGGUAGUUUAGCUACUCUGACUGCAUGGAAAUCAAGAUCUCGUAGCAAUUCGACCAACACUAAUGGCAGUUUGAUUGGUGGGAAUGGUGAGCAUAGUCCACCAGUUUUCUCACACAUUCAACAGCAACAUCAACCCACUAAUUCUGGGGUUGACUAUGAUUUGUUAUUGAGACAACAGUUAGAUGAACUUUCUUUGAAUAACAGCAAUAAGCUUUAUCCAUCUAAUAAUGGAAAUACUGGCGGUAAUGCAAUGAACUAUAAUCACAUGAAUAUGAACAUCAAUGGAAUGAACAGUAUAAAUGGAUUAAAUGGUAUGAAUGGUAUGAAUGGUAUGAAUGGUAUGAAUGGUAUGAAUGGUAUGACUGGUAUGAAUAAAAUGAAUGGUUUAUCUAAUUUCAAUGGCGCCAAUAAUAUUAACGUGAGUAAUAUUGAUAACAAUGGCUUAAUGACGAAUGGUAUGAAUUCGAGCAAUGGAAUGAAUAUGAAUAUGAAUAUGAAUAUGGGCAUGGGAAUGCCUAUGCCUAUCAACAUGAAUACGAGUAGUAAUCCUAAUGCUGUGAGUAGUAUGAAUAAUGUGAACAGCAUAAACAAUGCUGGCUCUUUGAACAAUUUGAACAGCAUGAAUAACCAAGCAUUAGGUAUGGGGUUAAACCAGGGUCAGGUGAAUCCAUCUGGAAACAGUAUUCCAGGACUUUCUCUGGAAACGAACAAUGGCAAUAUUCAUAAUAACACUAAUAAUGGCAACAAUCAACUUUUUUGAAGCUGUAAUAAACAUAAUACGAGAUAAAGAUACAGUAGACUUUCAAGUCUAGCUAAUGAAAAUCAAUGCAAUGACACUUCAUAUUUCACUCUUUCAAUUUAUAAAGUUACGUAUAUACUCAAAGUG